ACCGUUUCAAUGUUCAAGUGUUCCAUGUAUGUAUGCUUCAAAUGACGAGGUUUUCCAUUUCAGAGUAAGAAGGACCAAAAGGCUGAUCGUUGAAGAAUUAGUCCAAGACGCAUCUGGUGAUGAGGUGUAUAGUACCGAAUGAGCUUAUCGUGGGAAACCACAAUCCGCAUCAUGUGAGCCUUGAGGAAGUCAAACUUAGAGUCUGUUCUUUACCUUAACUCUAUCAUACUCAUUUGGGGCCAGAGGUCGCCAGGUUCAUCAUUCUUCAUCACCUGCUGUACGUAGUACAUAGCAGCUAGAAGAGUUCAGCAAAACGCUACAGUUGAUCCACGUCUGCUUCUGUGGAUCUUCUGUCUGCUUCGAGCCCACGCUGAGUGAGUGAGACAAAUAUAUCCAAGCUUUACAGGAAACGUCGGCGACUGACAAGACGCAGGACAAAUCGGUCGGAGUGGUGUACAUAUUAUAGUGUAGCAUGAGUAACUGCGUACAUCUACGACGUGGCUACGAGAAAUAAUGUGAGAUUGACGUAAGAUCGAACGAUCUACAUUAUGCAUUAUGUAUAAUGAGGUGAAUUACUCGCAACUUCGGCAACUCGUUUUCCCUGCCAUGCCAGAUCCUGGUCUGCGUGGCCAACAUCUCAGCCGUCCCUUCUCGGAGUUGGUCGUCUUCAGGGAUGACUGGGUCGCAAGCUCGUACAGUUUGCUCUCAUAAUCCUUCCGACUUUCAUCGUCUCGUGCUCAGGUAAACUCGCUCGAGGGGCAAUUUUAAAGGGGUCGUUCGUUGAGUCUGAGAAUUUCUAAUUGAAGAAAGCUACUGUAGUGUACAGUAGUUAAAGCCAUAGAGGAGGGUCGACAUUCAUAUCGACGGACAGACCGACAUACCGAAAGGGAAGACCAUCUUACGGCGGCCAAAGCCAGUUGCGACGAAGAGCAAGAAGCAGCACCAGCAGGGCUAGCACAAGAAGAGACCUCCGGCCAAGAUAUUGCUGUACUGUUGAUCGUUGGGCCUCUCCUCUCGUGAUGACUACUUUUACCGUAUCAUGUGCUCUCUUUGGCAGAUAACGUAUUUUCAUACCGGCCAGGACCCUUCGAUCCAAGCGCCUGGAACUGGUGCUCACCUUAGCGCUGGAGGCUGAUUUACCUCCCGUUCUUGCCUAAGUCGUAUCUUUGGUUCAGUCAAGCUAGCCACUUUGCACGACUUGUUCAGCGUCUAUUCUCUGGCCUAAAUUACGUAUUUGGAUUGAUCAUUUUGUAGUUCAUUCCAUGCACAGUACAGGGCCAAUAUGUGUUAGAGUCUGCUGGAUCUAGGACUUGUAGUUAGUUUUACGUUUGAGCCAAAUAAAAUUAUGUCAUUUGAGUGGUACUGCCUUUUAUAAAGCAAGCGAGUUCCAGUCUCAAAGGCGCACGUACUCUAGAAUUUUGUUUCCUGACUAUGUAGAGUCCAUACUAAACAGUAAGGUUCUGCCAGCGAGCGUAUGUUGUGGCUUCCUUCACGAAUUUUCCAAUCUGCUGAACACAUCGUGAGGCUGGUCCUUGCGACAUGUUCAGCUUGAUGUAGUAAAAAUUAAUGUAUUUAAGUAACCUAUGUCUGAAAGCUGAAAGUACUGAGCUUCUUUAAAGGCCUGAUAAGAUUUCACCGUCCCAUCUACAUGAGCUACAUGUGAUGCCUGAUCCAACCUGUCACUCUACCAGCGUACAUUCGGCAGGUUCAGAUUUCCACCGAGAAGUACUGUCAUUGUACAUGGUGCUGAUCCUCUUCCAGCUAGGAAGGGAAUUCAAUUUUGCACAUAAAAGCGUCAGAGGAGAACUUUUUUCUGUUGUAGUGAGAAAUUCUUCUCAAUUAAUCCGUGUCCUUGUAUUUUCUUCUUAGACUGGUGGCCAGAAGAGUGUCGGGGGAACCACCCAAGCCCAUCAUCUCUUACUUGACGCAGCGCUAGUCAACCUGCAUGUGCGCUUACACAACAUCACGGCGUUUUCACAGCUAUAUGAUUUCUGUUAUAGAGAAUUUGGAAACGUUUGCUUUGCAGGAAGUGCGGCAGAGUAGUCUGGCCUACCGGUUGGGUAAACAGUUUUUAGAUGCUGUGUAUUCAUUGAACACCGAUGACAGAUUCUGUUUCUAGUUUAUGAAAUUUUUCACUAGCUUUCCAGGAGAUUUGCUCAUUCGUACACGGCACUUGACAAAAUAUAAGUCACGCGUAAAAUUUUAUCUAGUGAACUGUGAACUUUAUGACCUACGAAAAUCCAGAGCUAUGCUUAUUUUCAUUCUGAACGGACUCUCUCUCUCUCUCUCUCUCUCUCUCUCUCUCUCUUACAGUGUCUAUACUGAAUCUAGGCGAAGUAGGUUGGUUGUGGUCGGAUUUUUUAAUACGUGGAUUGGCUGUGUCCAAGGGUACAGGAUCCUUCGAAUUUAUUAACGUGAAUUAUUUCGCGUAAUCUGAACAGCAAGGCACUCAAAGUGAUCUUUCAUAAUAUUGCGUUGGUUGUAGCUUUGAAAAUUCCACAGGUCUAACGUGGUCGCGUACGAAGAAUUCAGUUUCUCUGCGAAAGAUUCCUCCGGCCCCAAUUAAUGGCGUCGUAUGAUUCUUGGUCGGCUGAUUCACAAUGAAACGCACAUCCAGAUCUGCUCCGUGUGUGCCCACUGAGCCAGCUGGGUUCUUUCCUUGACAUCAGUCUGUGGUGCGACAGUCGGACAAUGUAAACGCGAAAUUGUUAAUUUACACCGCGCAUAGAAACUUUCGUUUGAUGACACAAUCUCGUUCUCCACCAAUCAGAUGCACUGUUGUGAGUUUCGAGCGAGGUGUUUCUAGAUCUGACAUAUUUUUGUGGUAUUAUGGGGAUUCAUCGAAAGGUUUUAAAGAUCUCUGCACGGGAUUCAGUUUUCGCAGGGAUCUGUGCUCCAGCUUUGCUCUCUUGUUCAUCAACAUCUUGGCUCUCUGCAACUUCUACUACAGCUCUGUAAGAGCUGCCGAGUUGUUGAUGAAUAAAAGAGCCAAGAUGCUAGUGCUCGACGAGGGAGGAGCAAUACAUGUGGCAGUCAGGAUGAAAACUUCAAUUCAUGAGCUUCGUCAGAUGAACAGAAGGAGAUGUCGAAGAAUGGAGCCCUCCCGAAUGUCGUCUUAUAGCGCUACGAAUUAUGGCAGUUUAUCAACUGGUGGGAGUCCGUGGGCAUAGUCUAUCAACUGGCGGUAUGGCGAUCUGCGCAAGUCUUGUACGCAUAAGUCGGGUGCAUGUGGGCGAAGGGCAAAUAGUUGAAGAACGGUACAUGUUCCGGAGGGAGAUCAGUCGCUUCCGCAUUUUGGCAGGUCGCAUAGCGCACUCAGCUACAAAUUAGAAGAUGAUGUGUUACCAGGCGUCAAUUCAGACAUGAGACCAAUAACUCCAACGCACUCGGGACAACCUUUGGUAACACAGCCUCUAACUUUCCAUAACAACAGCCAAUUGAUGAAUUUGCUUCUUCAGGUUCAAGGUACCCCGCAAUCGCCUAAUCUUGACUGGAGAAUGCUUUUUCAAAGCCUUCUAAGUCUACUAUGGAGGCAGAAAUUCGUAUUUAUUGCGCGUGAGCACCGGAACUUUUCACUGUGCGUGGCAUAACCGAUUGGACGUUAUCAAGAAAAUCACUUGAACAAUGGUUACCGUAGCUUCCCCGAGAAGUAGGAGUUUGAAUGAAGCAGAGGUUUUCGGCCCUGGAGUAAGGCGCCUAAUGACGAAUGCAUAUAUUUACGUUUCUUUGUGUCUUUCCUGUAUUACACACAAACCUCCUUGCUGCUAGUGUUCGAAAUUCCUAGGGGACAUUACAGUGUGUG